CUGGUGCACAAGUGGUCAUUAGUAGGAUACUGUCAAAUUUGAAUGUUGAACUUCAGUAGUUUGAAGUAACUUCGUGAUGAACUGCUUACUGAGUUGUUUAAGUCGCUUUCUAUGAAAUGGGCAAUUCAGUCAGUGCAUCAAUUCAAGUGGUGUACACAUUAAUGUAUUAAUCAUCGUGACAUACGAAGUCACAAGUAAGACGACACACCUCCUUUUUCCACAAUGAAGAUAAACGAGAAGAAUUUGGCCGCAUUCGCUUCCUCUGCAACACCUGUGGAUAGGGAAGGCUGGCUUGUGAAAAGGGGUGAAGUAAACAAAGGUUACCAAAAACGCUGGUUCGUUCUUAAAGGAAAUUUAUUGUUCUACUUCGAAAAACGCGGUGAUAAAGAUCCAGUUGGCGUGAUUAUUUUGGAGGGCUGUACCAUAGAGUUGGCUGAAGAUGAAGAUCAGUUUGGUUUCAAAAUUGUGUUCCAUGGUCCUGGAAAUCGUAGUUAUGUUCUUGGCGCAGAGUCUCAAGAGAGCAUGGAGCAGUGGAUGAAAGCACUGGCUUGUGCAAGCUAUGAUUACAUGAAACUCAUGGUUGCAGAAUUACAAAGGCAACUGGAUGAAAUGGAAGAGUGUGAAGUCUUAAGUAAAAAUGCAAGUAAGAAAACUAUACCUGAGAGCCGUGAACACAAGCCAUCGGAUUCUCCUUUACCACCACCACGACAGCGACACAAUCCCUUCAACAGAAUACAACCAGCUACAAGUUUGGAUGGCCAGAACGGCUCUGGUUUUCCGCACCAUUUCCGUUCUCAUAGUAUCCGGUCAGCACCAGGCAGAUCUGAUGGUACCUACAGAUCCUAUGAGAAUGUUCCCCGAACUAAAGUGACUUUCAGAGAUUUACAUACCGCUUAUGGUCGCAGAGUUCUGACUGAUUUCAAUGCAUGGCGACACUCAAAGAGAUUAGAGCAGGAGAAGAAACAGGUGGCAGAGUCAUCACAAGACUUACUCAUUACACUGUAAGUCAUUCAUAAACCACAAAAUCACUGUGGAGAUAUUAAUCAUAUUGUUGAUAUUGCUAUAAUAAUAGAUAUUCUGUGCUUAUUACAUUCAAAAUGCAUUGCUGCAGUACGUGGUGUGUAAUUUAUCUUAUUUAUUAUUAAGGUCUCGAAAACUUGAGCAGUAAAUAAACAUAAACAAGUCAUACUUAUCAGUUGAUGAAUUAGGACCAAGUGAACAGAUUAAAAAAAUAUAUCUUCUGUUAAAGACAAUGAACAUUUGGUAACUAAAAACUGAGUUUGAAGUGAAAAAAUCCAUCAUUCACGGGAUGAAAAUAGUAUCACUUGAUUCUUUGUCUUCAGAAGCUAAUGUUAUUUUGCAUGUCUCAUGACCACAAGAGUAUUAUACCUCUCUAGGAGUAUAUUAUUUUCCCUUCAUUACUGCUGUAUUAUUUACUGACUAAUUUAGAAAUGUAGGGGCAAAAGAUGUAUAAUUGAUGAGUAAUGUCUAUUUUGAUUCUUGUAGCAUUUAUAAUGUGCACAUGUGUAACACUGUUAUUGUACAACAUCUCAGUGACCUGAUUAUUUAACAUGUAUUUUCUUCAUAUUAUUUAUAAGGCUAUGUAAGGUAUAGUUGAUUAUUAUAGAGAAGCAUUAAAUACAUAUAUUUUCUUAGUGGUUUUGAUGUACAGUGGCAAUGACUGUUAUGCAAGCUAUCUUAUAAAAGUCUUCCAAUAGAAAUUGCCUCUUGUUAUUGUACAUAAAAGUAAACAUCCUGUGUUUUGUUUCUGUAAUAUUUAUGCUGUGUAGAAUUAUUAUUACAUUAUACAAUCUGUAACUGAAAGGACAUAACGUAAAAUAAACUCAUUGAUAGAAUGUCCUUAUAUUUAUCAUGCAUCACACUACACUUUUAAUGCACAGUGGAACGUUGCUUAGACAACCAUAAGAGAAAGAAAAUUGCCCUAGAAAUGAAACGUAAAAUCAUUGAAAAACAUAAAUGCAGUGUGAGUGUUAGGAUUUAGCACGCACAUACAAUUGAUCUACAUCAACUAUUUGUAUUAUCCUCAAGAAAAAGGAAAAGAUUAAGGAGAUAGAUGCUUCAAAGAGAGUGAUGAGAGUAUCUAACAAUGGUUUCGUAUUCUGGACAGUGUCGAAAGGCUGUCUUUAUAUCGAUGCGUGAAAAGCAAUUGCAAGGCUACACUAUUAACAAGAAUGUCAUUUGUGAUAAGGUGAGAAUGUUUUUUGCCAACCUCAUUAAGAUGAUGCCACAAUCGUCAGCAGCCAAAGGAGUGUUUACAUGAAGCCAUGGGUGGUUCGAGAAGUUUAAGAGAACACCUGGCAUCCACAGCGUUAUGAGGCAAGGCAAAGCAGCCAGCUCUGAUGCAAAGGCAGCAGAGAACUUCAGCAGCAGCUUCAAGAUGCUCAUAGAUCUGCCACAAAAGGUUUUUAAUCGUUACGAGAUGGGUCUGUUCUAGAAAAAGAUGCUGAAGUGUACCUUUAUAACAGUAGAGGAGAAUGCAUUGCCCAGUCACAAGCCAAUGAAAGACUGUCUCAUGCUGCUAUUUUGUGCCAAUGCAAGUGGCUAUUUGAAAAUUACUCCACUAGUCUUCAAGAAGUCAAGUCCAGAAGAGCAUAUUAAAUGUGAUGUGGAGGUCCAACACCAAGGCUUGAGUGACACGUGAUCUUGUUUGUUAUGAAACGUUUGGUCCUUCGGUGAAAGAAUAUGAUGGAUCUGCCAUUCCAUGUCUCGCUUGUCACUGACAAUGCUCCUGCUCAUUCUCCAGGCCUACAAAACCAGCUCCUUGAAUAAAUUCAAUUUGUCAAAUCCAAUUUCUGCCUCCCAACAUCACUCCAUUACUCCAGCAUGUGGGCCAGCAGAUUAUUUCUAACUUUAAGAAACUCUACACUAAAGCACUCUUUGAGCAUUGCUUUGAGUUGACUGAAGCUACCAAUCUGACUCUCAGUUAAUUUUGGAAAUAUCGCUUCAACAUCAUUGCCUGCAUCAAGAUGACUGAAGAGGUGUGUAAGGGGUUGCCAGGAGGAAUCCCUAUUCUGCUUGGAAGAAGCUUUGGCUGGAGUGCAUUGUCAAAUGUAACUCCGAAGAAUUUGAGUCAGCACCUGUGGAGCCUGUAGUCAAUGAGAUUGUGCCUUUGGCCAAGAGCAUGGGAUUAGAAGUGGAUAACAACAAUAUUGAUGAGCUCGUGGAACAUUACAGAUAAGAAAUGACCACUGAAGAGCGUAUGGAGUUGCAAUGUGUUUCACAGCAGGAAGUUGGGGAGAGCAGUUCAGAGGAGGAGGAUGAGGAAGAGGAAGAGGCAGUACAGUAGAGCAGCAAUCUUCUGGUGCACCAAGAGAAAUACUGAAAGCAUGGGAAUCGGUUGCAUUGUACAUUGAAAAACAUCACCACAAUAAAUCAGUAGCUAUUUGCGCUACAAAUUUGACGAUAAUGCUGUGUCGCAUUUUCACCAAGUGUUGAAGCAUUUGCAGAAACAAAUGACUGUAGCCAACUUCCUUGUAAAAAAGAAAUAGUUAUGUUUUGUGAAUAAUAAAGUACAUUGAACUGUAUGUAUAAUUUUCUUUGAAUAAAUGGCAUGAGUAAGAUAAAA